UGUGUUUCUCCCUCCCACUCCUCAGGCUCUUUUUUAGGUGUUGCUCCAGUUAGAGAUCAGAGAGGCGGCACUAACCAAGCAACCUGACUUACCCAGUUUGGAGCUGCCGAUUUGCCAACUCCCUUUCUCCUCUCUCCCACCGGCUUCUUCCUCAUCUUUCCCCCAGCCCCAGACAAGCCUGUCCUUACGGCACUGUCUCUCUGUAUCCCUCUCUCUGUCUCUGCAGCCGGCUCCGCGAUGGGUUCUGGGCUGGAAGCGCUAGCCCUGUGCAUGGCAUUCGGCUUCUUGUUCACUCUCGGAUGGGCAGAGUCGAACACCGAGUGCUACACUGCUAAUGGUGCUGACUACAGAGGCUGCCAGAAUCGAACCUCGCACCAGGGAGGAAAGCCCUGCUUGUAUUGGAACGAAACCUUCCAGCACCCUUACAACACCCUCAAGUACCCCAACGGAGAAGGAGGCCUUGGGAAUCACAACUAUUGCAGGAAUCCAGACAAUGAUGUGAGACCAUGGUGUUACGUUGCUGAGUAUGAAGAUGGAGUGUAUUGGAAAUACUGCGACAUACCAACAUGUCACAUGCCGGGCUACCUGGGCUGUUUCAAAGACAAUGGUGACCCACCACCUUUAUCAGGCAGCAGUGAAACCUCCAACAAGCUGACCAUCCAGACCUGCAUUAAGUUUUGCAGGAGCAAGCGAUUCAAGCUUGCUGGCAUGGAGUCUGGUUAUGCAUGUUUCUGUGGGAAUGAUGCUGAUUAUUGGAAACACGGAGAGGCGAACAGCACAGAAUGCAACCACGUGUGCUUCGGAGAUCACACCCAGCCCUGUGGAGGAGAUGGCAGGAUAAAUAUCUUUGAUGCAAAGAUCGGGGCUUGUGGUGGGAAUUACUCGAUGGACGCCGGCAUCAUUUACUCUCCAGAUUUCCCCGACAACUACGCAAGCAGCAGGGUGUGUUACUGGACCAUUCAGGUGCCCGGGGCAUCUCUCAUCCGGUUCGACUUUGCCCUGUUUGACAUCCGCGACUCGAGUGACAUGGUGGAGUUUCUGGAUGGCCGCAGCAAUGACGUUCUCGCCAGGUUUGAUGGCAGGAACCGGCCCUACAACUCCCUGAACGUGUCGGCCAGCUUUGUCAUCUUGUACUUUUACUCGGACCGGGUUAACCAAGCUGAGGGAUUCGCCGUCUUGUACAGAGCUAUUAAAGACAAUCCUCACUCCCAGCCUCCAGCGAGCAGGAAUGAUAUUAAUACAUCAGAAAUGAUAACCGAGAGGGUGGGUGCCGGUACCAAUGCAGCCCGAUCAUCAAAGAUUCUCUACUUCAUUACAGCAAGCCCCAGCCAAUCGAACCAGAACAUGCCAGUGUGGACUAUCUAUGCCUUGGCAGCCUUGCUAACACUGACAGCGAUAGCGAUGGUUUCGAAGAUUCUUCUUCACCUAACAGUAAAGUCACGUCGAAUUCCUGCACAAGACAACUCAGAGAACUGUAGCCAGCCAUCCCCAUCUGAACCUUGGGUCAUCACCUAUAAACCCUCGACUAUUUUGUUCUUUAAGAAAAAACUGAAGAACCAGCAUGGAGAUCGAAGUCCACUUGUGGGUGACUAACCUACUGCAGCAACAGAGGACUUAACACCCCAGGAAUCUCCACCUCUAGUCUUCAACACGGAAACUCCUUUUAAAUUAUCUUUCAGUUGCAACAUCGAGCACUUUGAUACCUCAGCGUGGAGGCGGCUUUAAUUUCACUGAAUUAAGCACUUCUCACCAGACACAUGCAAUCGCGCAUGCUCAUUUGGACCACCACAAGACCAGUUGGCUGACAUCUCCAAAGGCAAGAGCUCAGUUAAACUAAACGAUCUCGGCUUUUGCCUACCGUGUUCUUGCAGCUCAACAAGGGUGAGACUGUCACCAGAAUGAGACUGUACAUUGUAUCGACUGGAAUUCUCUUGGGGUCUAAUAAGGGAAAGACACUUCAUUUGACUAUCAGAAUCUUCUUGGAAAUAGAUACAGUUUGAAUAGUGAAUUCGUUUUUCUGUGGGUGACUCUUCUACUAUGUUCAUUCAGCCCUCCAAGCCAUGCUUGUCUGCACGAUCUGGUUGAGCUCUACGGGUGAUUUCUUAGCAGUUACGGAAGAGUGAAAACCUUAACGUUUUAAAUUAUCAAAUUUACUUUGCAACCACUGGUAAGGAAUAGAAGGAAACAUUUUCUGCUUGGCAGAAGUCCACAGUAAAAUCCAUAGUGAACAUCAAGUCCAAUUUAGCCUCCAAAGCCUUUCACUACUGUGCAGUAUCACAGAGCCAUUACUGCAGAGGUGAAGAAUCAUGCAAAGGAAUCAGAAAUACACUCACAUUUAUGACUAUCCCAGCAAUCUAUUGGAAAUAUGCAACUCAAAGUGGGGUUUUGGAAAUUCUAAUAUGGGAAUGCCAAAGUGUGUUAAAAUGAUGCUAUUCAUUGAGUGAGCUAGAGAUGGUUCUGUUUUGUUGGGGUUUCCUUCAUUUAGUCAAAACUAAACCCCUUACGCAAGCCUCUCCUGCCUUUUCAGAAAAGCUUAAGUCCAAAAUAAGUAUCCUCAUGCAUGUGCAGGAUUUCACUUGUACUUGUUUUUACUUGUUUGCUUUUGUUUCUGUUGUUUAUAUCUCUGUCAGGUACUCUUCAAGAAUACUCAGUUACCUGGUGUGAAGUCGGGCUGUGACCUGAUCUCAGUUUUCCACCAGCUCUGCUGUGUAACUAGUGCUAGAGACUGAAUUUUUUAAAAAAAAAUUGAAACCUCCAGCUAAUAGGUGAAGUAAUGACAGUCAUGAUUGGUACAUUUACUGUAACAAAUGACUAUAAACAUUAUUGAUGAAACACUGUUUUCUUUUUGUCCCAAGUUUUACAUUAAAAUACAAAUAGAAAGAUUCUCUUUUAUACUUAUCACCCAUUGCAUUCUCCAUGGAAUUACAGUCCUUUUAACAAACAGUUUACUGUUACUUCCACCCUUCAAUGAGAUCUGAUAUCGUCAGUCCAUUGAGGAGUAACUUUAAGUGACUGUCUCCAAGCAUUUGCCUUAGUUUUUUUGAUGACUUCCUUGAGCCCCUCCACCACCAGUAGAGCCUGUUCUGAUUAUUCUUUGUCUCUUUGGCCAUGCCAAAAUAGAUCUCGCGGAAACCGUAGACCACAACAGGGUCCGUCUCUUCAACUGGAGACCAUCUCCCUCUCCCAUCUGGCAUUAGUAAGAUGCAUAAUCAGGUGACCUUUCUGUCUGCUGGCCGCACAGAUUCUCUACCUGUCUGAGAUUGUACUGAUUUGUAAAGAAGCCUGAAACCUGAUCUGAAAAAUAGAUUUCUUAACCCUCUUCCCCAUUCCAACAUAAAAUGCAUAAUCUUCUUUCCAAUUACAAAUAUCAUUUAGCUAUCUUUGAUCCCAACUCCAUUUCAUUUUGAAAGUAAACACACGGUCAACAGCACCUUUCACACUGAAUCCCUACAAUACCUAUCUGGGACUUUAGGAAGUGCAUUGGAAAGCACUAAGACUGGUGCCAUUGUUUCCAAGCAUGAAUGCCUUGCACUAUUUUUUAUUAUUACAAUUAUCGAAAUCCUCCUUUUUGUCUUUAACAAUCAAACAACUAAGGUUUACUGUCAGUUUGACUGCAGAGACAUCUACAGAACCGGUCACAUUGUUGUGCAUCACUGAGGUAGUACACUGAAAAUCUAGUCCCACUAUUCCUGGAGUUAUUAUAAAAGAUAAGAUUUUCAAAACAAUGCAGAAUUCCCCAUUUCACCUGUCUUUUAGACAGAAAGCAUGGAUCAGGUUUCCGUACCCAAUAAAAAUGGCUAUUUAUUUCAAAUAAAUAUACUCUAGUGGAAUUACAUUUGACUAAUUAAGGACCCCAAUUCGCUCAUAAAAUUCCCUUUACACACAAACACACAAAUGCAGACAGAAGGAAAACAUAGGUGUUAUGGGCAGAGAGAAAAACCGAGAAAGCAGUUCAGUGGUCCCUGUUCCCAGGAUUUGCUGAGAUAUUUCUUGUGCUGAUCAGAAUAUUAAUUCCUGAUCUUCCUUCUCCAGAUGCUUUCACCUGAUUGCAGGAGGCACAGGGCAUCUGGGUCACACUUAUAAAGUGUUCACUUUGAUUUUUUUAUCAAUUAAAAACUACGGCUUACAGCAACUGCUGAAGGAAAAAUAAAUUGGGUUUCUUCAGGCUUAAACUGGUUUUUCUGCAGAGAACAGGGACAGAACUUGAGGUAGAGGAGAUCUGAUGGCUUCUCACUAUUUCAUUCAUAGCCCUAAGCUACACAACUAUCUGAUAAUGAAACCAGUAUCUGAGUUUACCAUACAUAGAUCGUGAUUGAUAGCUGGUCACAGACCAGCCAGCUAUUUAUUGCUGGCUGAAUCUCCAUUUGUAGACAGAUCCACUUUGUCUGCAAACUAUACUUCAGCUACUGCUUGAACAAUCAGCACUUACAAUAAGUAUCAGGUAACUUACUUUCACAAACUACAGCAACCCCUCCACAAUCUUUGCUUUUUAAAACAGUUCUUUUCCCAAGUCAGUCCACAAUCAAGAAUACAAAAUAAUAAAAAGCAAUGAUUUCCUUCAUUAACUUUAAAGCUACAGUCCUAAAACAUAAUAAUCUUAUAAACCUCGCAAUGCUGAUGCCUCCCCAUUAUAGAAAUUUUUAAAAAUCACAAUUUUGAUGAGUUUUCUUAAACAUUAUUAAAAUAUAACCACAUAACAUAUUUCAAAUAUUAUCAGUUAAAUUAUAUUUAACCUACCACAUACAGUACAAGUAACAUUCUUUCCAUAUGCUUUCACAUUGUUUACCAAACAGUCCAACAUGAUGGCGUCAUAGUUUUUUAACCUAUAUCAAAUUAAAUACAUGUAACAGUUAAACUUCUGAACUGGUUUUCAUUUCUAAAGAAGGGUCCCGACCCGAAACAUCACCUUUCCUGCUCCUCUGAUGCUGCCUGGCCUGCUGUGUUCCUCCAGCUCCACACUGUGUUAUCUCUGACUCCAGCAUUGGCAGUUCUUACUAUCUCACAGUAAAAUUUAAAGCUCCUUUCCCAAAGAAUCUUAAAGUCCUUCCUCUUAGAUAGCAUAGAAGUGGCUUUGUUGCCAAUAGCCCCAUCCCAUGAUGAUUAAAGUUCACAUUGUUACCAUGCGAAAUCAAGCUCCCUAAAUCAUUCCUAUUUUCUGUGCUGUCUUUUUCUUUAAGAAGCAUCUGUCUUUCAAUCUUUCAGUUCCCUUCAUUGUCAUUAGUGUUCUCUUCGUUGUCACUUUGCUUCUUUCUCUGGCUCCUCUGUGGGUUCACAAAAACAAAGAUUUGUGUCUGUAGGUUAAUUUAUGUGCCUGUGACUCUCUGGGUUAGCUUAGAACUUCAGCAUUCCUUAUUUUAGGAGCAUCAUUGUCUUCUAAAUAAUGCAUGAUUCCUAAAUAAAUAGGUUUUAAGUUCUUCAAGUAACAGCUCUCUAAAAGUUUUCUAAAUCUUGUUCCAACUUCAUCAACCUCCACUAUCAAAGACUAUUUCUACAGUAAUUUCCGAAAGAUCUGAUUCCGUUUCUUGUUUGUUUUUGUCUGUAGCAUUCUUGAAUGAGUUUACGGAUGCGUUUCAGUAGACCUACCUUUAUCAUAUUCUGCAUAGUGUUCAUCAUAAAGCUUUGAAUAUUAAAAAAAAGUGCUAUUUCUACCAGAACACGUUUUUUUUAAUAGUACUACCUUAAUUUCUUGUAGGCACUGAAACUUGUAGCAAAUGUUUCAAAUUAUCAGAUUUACCUGCUAUUCCCUGUCCAUGAACAUGUUGAAUGGAGGGGCAGGUUUGAUGGACAAAUGGUUUACUCCUGCUCCUUAUGUUCAAGGAAGUGAAGCCUUUUUCGUUGGAGUUCAAAUUCCCUGACUUCAAAGAGCAGCCUGGUGGCUCAGUGGUUAGCACUGCUGCCUCACAGUGUCAGGGACCUGCAUUUGAUUCCACUCUCAGGUGACUGUCU